AUGUUCUUCAGAGACAAUUUUUGGAGACAAUCGCAACUGCGGAUUGGAGACAAAAAGGAACGGAAAUAUUUCCACUUAUUCACACCUACUGACGUGUAUCAUCGAUAUUAUCGUUUGUUAUCAUUCAUAUCUGUUUAAUGAAGAGUUACUGUUCAAAAGAAAUUGGCCAUCUACAGCACAAAUAUUACAUCGAACGUUCACCACUCUAAUUGUAGCCAGACAUUGUUUCGUCCAGCACUAGUUGAUUCUCCUUGCUGCAUAGUUACUUCACAAUAUGGCUGUACUGCCAAUAUGGAGAGGAUUAUGAAAGCUGAAGCUCUUAGGGACACAUCUACUAUGGGAUACAUGGCAGCAAAGAAACACCUUGAAAUAAAUCCUGAUCAUGCUAUUAUUGAAACUCUUCGUCAGAAAGCAGAAGCUGACAAAAGUGACAAAGCAGUAAAAGACUUAGUAAUUCUGUUGUUCGAAACAGCACUUCUUUCCUCAGGUUUUACACUGGAUGAACCACAAGUUCAUGCCGCAAGAAUUUAUAGAAUGAUUAAGCUGGGACUUGGUAUUGAUGAAGAAGAAUCUGCACCAGAAGAGCAAACAAUUGAAGAAGUAUCUCCUGUGGAAGAUACUUCACGAAUGGAAGAAGUAGAUUAA